UGUGAAGCAGGAUCUCUAAAUCAGGCAAAUGAUGUGAAAGAAGAAGGAAAUAAACUCUUUAAGGCUGGUAAGUAUGAAGAUGCCCUAUUGCAAUAUGAACUUGCAUUGCAAAUUGCUUCUGAAGUGCCUUCUUCUGAAGUUUGUUCGAUAUGUCAUGCAAACCGUGCUGCAUGCUUCUUGAAAUUGGAAAAGUUCAAUGACACUAUCAAGGAAUGCACAAAAGCAUUGGAGUUGAAUCCUUUAUAUAUAAAAGCACUGGUCAGAAGAGCAGAGGCAAAUGAAAAGCUUGAACAUUAUGAAGAGGCUAUUGCAGACUGGAAAAAAAUUGUCGGCUUGGAUACUUCAAAUGACCAAGCUAGAAGGAGUAUAAGGCGGUUAGAGCCAAUUGCAGCAGAAAAGCGAGAAAAGAUGAAGGAAGAGAUGAUUGGAAAGUUGAAGGAGAUGGGAAAUUCUAUAUUGGGGCAUUUUGGAAUGAGCGUCGACAACUUCAAAGCUGUGAAAGAUCCAAAUACUGGUUCAUACUCCAUCCAGUUUCAGCGCUAGGCAAAGGGAAGUUGGAAGCGAGAAUGUAUACCCGAAGAAAAAUGGAUAUAUAUUGUUCUUAUGAUUGGAUUCAUGAAUUUGGAUGUCUGGUCUAUUGCAGUUUGUGACUGCUUGUUCUUGAUAUUAAAGUGGGCAAAUAAUUCUGGAUGAAGCAGUUUUUCUUAUGUCAA